AUGGAGCUCGGCUGCGGAAACUGUGCACCCUCCAAAUCACAGGUGCCACUCUUCCCCCGCCACGUCGCGCCUCUCAAGUAUCCGGCGGGCGUAUCCUCUCGCCGGUGGGGGAGGCAGUCGGCAGGUUCUCCAACUCCCGGUAAAGACUCGUUCCCUAUGAUUUUCGAGAAUCGUAGAACAUUGUCGGCUUCAACGGUGCCUAGGGCAGCGGCGUCGUCGUCGUCGUCUUCGGCAUCUGCCUCCUCUUCCUCCGUCUCCCUGGAGGUUUCCCCUGGAUCCACGGUUGUGAGGGAAUUCUACGACAGGAUCAAUCGAAGGGACGUGGCCUCUGUUGGGCCACUUAUCUCCGACGACUGCGUGUACGAGGAUUUAAUCUUCUCCAGUCCGUUCGUCGGACGGAAGGUGGAUUGAGCCUUUUCUCUUCUCCUACCUGCGCUUUCUAUGGCAAUGUCGCUACCGAUUUUCGCUCAAUCUCUCAUGCUUGUGUUUUCCACCUGACACCUCCAAGUAACUUUUUAGUCCAUGGUGCAGGCGAUUCUGGAUUUUUUUAAGAAAUUCAUGGAAUCCGUCAGCUCGGAUCUUCAGUUUGUCAUAGAUGACAUAUCCAGCGACGAUUCUUCAGCAAUUGGAGUUACGUGGCACUUGGGUACUUUUAAAACAUUUUCUGCCUGGUCGUUCUGUAUGCAGAAAGUUGGUGAAUACUCUAAUGCGCCUAUUUUUCUGACAGAGUGGCAAGGCAGGACAUUUCCAUUCAGCAAGGGAUGCAGCUUCUAUCGCUUAGAGGUUGUCGACGGCAAGAGGCAGAUAGUGUGAGUUAUUACACUUUUGCUGAAUCUGACUGAUCUUUCUGGUAAUGUCUGCAGUAUUAAUGUAGCUAUCAAAGUUUUUCUACUUUUCUCUUUUUCUGAAUUGAAUGGUGCUAAAAUAGUGCUAGGGAAAAUCAUCUUGAUAGUCUAAGAAUCAUGGAUCUUUCAACGUUUCUCUUAUCGCUACUUGAUCUGCAUUCAACCUCACACCGAAUAUUUCUUACUACACAGAUCUUGAUUCAUUGGUAAAGUAACACGACCAAAUUAGACCUUCUCUGGUGGGAACAAAAGCAUUGUUGAACCAAUAGCUCACUGAAUUCUUCAAUCUAAUAUAAAGUACUCUAAUUAUCAUUCAAUUCGAAAGCCUCUUUCAGUUAUAAGUAGUGCUAACCUUAUGUCUGCUUCUAAUAUGUAUGCCAUCUAAUUAAUCCAUUCCUUUCUUUUUGUUUUGCUCCUUUUUCUUAUUUUCUCCCUUUUUUUAUCAUUUCACAAUAUCAUUGAAAACUUCUUGCUCAUGAAUAACAAUUUGUCAUACGCUGUAAGCCAACACUAUGUUUUAGAAGCAUUUUUUUUACUAUAACAUUUUUUUUUGUCAUCUAUUGUCCAAUAACGUGUAUAGUUAUGGGCGAGACCUUGUGGAACCAGCUAUCAAACCUGGAGAAAUGGCUUUGGUAUGUAUUUGACUUUCUUUUCUCUCCUUUUUUCUAUUCAAAGUGAUCUGGCAUAUGCAUUUCUGGAGGCAGAAGUUUGCAAAUAUAUUCAUUGAUGCUCACCAGCGGACAGUAAAUCUGAUAGGAAGACUGUAAUCCUCGAACAAAACAUGCUCUUCCACAAAAUGAAAGGAGUCUUUGAAGUGAGGGUUUCAUGUUCUAGGAUAAUGACUAAUUUUAGGAUUUUCAGUUCAAAAUUGGUCAUCUGAGGAUAUUAAUGCACUCUGGCAUAAUCAUCUCUUGGUAAAGCUUCUGUCAAUAUCACUGAAGCUAUCACGUAACAUGCACGUUUACCCUGCUGUGAGGAUCCGUACAUAUAUUCAUCUGAGGAUUUUUUUUUCUAUCGAUAAGCACCAAUUGAACAUAUUAGUUUCCAUCUCUCUCUUACCGUUUGUAAUUUGGUGAUCUGAAUUUGAUGUCCGUAUGUGCAUGAGAAGGCCUGGUGGUCAUUUCUCUGCUGAAUGUGCAGGUUCUAAUUAGGGCAGUGACUUCCAUACUCCAGCAAUUUCCACAGCUUGCAGAUCGUUUCUAA